ACCAGAACCAGGACCAAAACCAGGACCAGAUCAAGUCCGGGCUUUGGAAUCCAGACCAGGACUACAGUCUGAGGAGCAGCGCUGGAGUUUCUGUGGGAAAGUGAUUAAAGAAAGUGAGAAAGAUGAGAUGUGGUGGUAAUCCAGGUUUAGUCCAGGUCUGAUCCAGGUCUCAGGUGUCAGAGGGGAACUCAGAUCAAACCAGGAGCAGAUCAGGAUCGGACUUUGAUCGAGAUGUGGGACCAGACAAGUUCUCACACUCAGAUGUUUGUGGAGCUGAAGGAGCUCAGGGCCAGCUCUGACAGGUGCGAUGAUGAUGAUGAAGGUUUGGAGUGGAGACCGCGGACUCAGUGGAGCCAAGGUCUGAACGAGGACCAGACCCAGGACCUGCUCCGGACCCUGUCUGCAGGUCUGCUGCUGCUGGACCUCAGUCCCAGGACUUGGGCCGGACUCAUGGAGACUCUGGUGGACCGACUGGAGACUUCAAACCAGAUCCAAGCCCAAGACCGAGACCAAGUCCUGAGGGCCCUACUGCUGCCACACAGUAAUGAAGACAUGGGUGAAGUGAAUGGAAACCGAGGAAGAAAGAAACACAGUGACCGGGACCAGGGUCUGGACUCAGGUCUGGACUCAGGUCUGAACCGGGCAGCUCUGGUCCUCUCUGGUGCUGUCAGUCCCUUGCGCAGCCCAGUAGUGGCGCUGGUCCAUCUCCAGGAGCCAGUUUUGUUCCAGGCAGUGCUGCAGGUCCCGGUCCAGGUCUUAGUCCUGAGUCUGGGACCAACCACAAAUCAGAACCACUUCAAGACCGGGAGAGCGCUCGCCUCACUCCUGAUGGACAAGGUCCCGGCAGAGGCCGUGUCCCGGACUCAGGACUCAGAGGACCUUCUAAGGGUCCUGAUCCAGACUUUGGACCACGAGGAUCAGCCAAACUUCACCAAAACUCACAGAGAAUCCAACAGCAAAGAACAAGACCUGUCUCUGCCCUGCUCCCCCUCGGCUCCUCCCUCUGACCCCUUGCGGCGCUCGGGGACCCUGUUCGGGGGGCUCCUUAAGGAUGUCAGACGCAGGUACCCUCAGUACACCUCUGACCUGACCGAUGCCCUCAACGCUCAGUGUGUCGCCGCCAUCAUCUUCAUCUACUUUGCUGCUCUGUCGCCCGCCGUCACCUUUGGAGGUCUGCUAGGGGAGAAGACAGACGGGCUGAUGGGCGUGUCAGAGCUGAUCAUUGCCACGGCGCUGCAGGGCGUGGUGUUCGCCGUGGUGGGUGCUCAGCCUCUGCUCAUCGUCGGCUUCUCUGGUCCUCUGCUCGUGUUCGAGGAGGCCUUCUAUAACUUUUGCCAGGUGCUGGAUGUGGAGUACCUGACGGCGCGGCUGUGGGUGGGGCUGUGGCUGAUGGUCAUCGUCGUGGUAACUGUGGCGUUGGAGGGGAGUGUUCUGGUGCGACAUGUUUCUCGCUUCACCCAAGAAAUCUUCUCUGUCCUCAUCUCUCUCAUCUUCAUCUACGAGACCUUCGUCAAGCUCUUCAAGAUCUUCCUGCAGUACCCUCUGACAGGUUGUGUCCGUGACAACACCUCUGAGGUUUCUAAUUGGUGGAACUCCUCGGCACUCUCCGAUGCGUCGAACAGCACAGAGCCCUCUGAUUGGUCGAGCCACUCCAGAGGCGUCGAUGCUGGGACAACACGACCCAACACGGCGCUGCUGUCUCUGCUCCUGAUGCUUGGAACCUACCUCAGUGCCUUCUACCUGCGUAAACUCAAGAACUCUGCACUAUUCCCUGGACAGUUGAGGAGGACCAUUGGCGACUUCGGAGUCCCAAUUUCCAUCUUCAUCAUGGUCCUGGUCGACUACAGCAUCAAAGACAUUUACACCCAGAAACUGAGCGUGCCCAGUGGCGUGGCGGUGACAUCUCCUCAGAAGCGUUCAUGGUUGGUCCCUCCCCUUGGUGCUCAGGGAGAGUUCCCACUAUGGAUGGCGGCAGCGAGCGUUCUGCCUGCCCUCCUCGUCUUCAUCCUCCUCUUCAUGGAGUCCCAGAUCACUGCGCUGAUCGUGAGCAAGCGUGUGGUGAAGGGCACUGGUUUCCAUGUUGACCUUCUCAUCAUUGUGCUGGUGGGCGGGGUCUCAGCUCUCUUUGGGUUGCCGUGGUUAUCGGCUGCCACCGUGCGCUCCGUCACACACGCCAACGCACUGUCAAUCACUGCGCCGGCCCGUCCCCCGCAGGAGGACAGACCCCGCCCACUACCAGUGGACAAGUCCCUCCUUCAGGAAGAGAAACCACACUCACAGGAAGAGAAACCACACCCACAGGAAGAGAAAUCACGCCCACUGGAAGAGAAACUCUGCCCCAUGCUGAGGGAGCAGAGGGUCACAGGCUUCGUGGUGGCGCUGCUCGUCGGCCUGUCGGUGCUGGUUGCUGGGCUCCUGAGACAGAUCCCGGUCUCGGUCCUGUUUGGGGUCUUCCUGUACAUGGGAGUCAUGUCUCUGCAGGGCAUCCAGCUUACUGAGCGCAUCCAGCUUCUGCUCAUGCCAACAAAGCACCACCCCAAAAGUGGCUACGUCACCAAGGUGCGCCCCUGGCGCCUGCACCUGUACACCUGUCUGCAGAUCACCUGUCUGGCAUUGUUGUGGCUCGUGAUGGCAUCUCCUCUGGCUCUGGCCUUUCCCUUCGUGCUGCUGCUGACUGUGCCUCUGCGUAAACUUCUGCUCCCCCUGCUGUUCACAUCCAGGGAACUGCAGCUGUUGGACGGGGAGGAGCCAGAAGUGGAGCUGGAGCAGGACGAGUAUGAGCAGCUGCAGAUGCCUGUGUGACAGGGCAACAAGUGCAGCAGAAGCGACAGGAGCGGCAGGAGUGACAAGAGGGUCAGGAGCAACAGGAGCGGCGUCCUGCUCAUGUUUUAUUAAAGGAAACAUUUAUAAUAAAGAUGUUAAAAUCUCC